AUGUCAAUGGGAAACAUCAGCUUUGUAAGGGAUUUCAUCAUAGUCGGCUUUCCUGGACUUCAGCCUCAUUACUAUGGCCUUGUCUCAGCACUUCUGUUUUUUGUUUAUGUGUGUACAUUGGUGGGAAAUGCUGUAUUUUUUACUUUGUUUGUAAUGACUAAGAGCCUGCAGAGGCCCCUGUAUUAUUUCAUUAUAAAUCUUGUUGUGUGUGAUGUACUAUUAAGCACCACAUUAUUACCAAAGAUAAUUAGCAGGUAUUGGUUCCAAGAUGAAACCAUUUCGUUCUUGGGUUGCUUUGUUCAGAUGUUCUUUGUGCAUUAUUUAGGCGGUGUAUGUUCAAAUGUUCUGGUAGUAAUGGCUAUAGAUCGCUAUGCAGCAAUAUGUUACCCACUUCAAUAUCAUAGUAUCAUGACAAACAGAAAUGUACUCAUUUUGAUCCUUGGCUCUUGGGUUUUGAGUUUAGUAGGACCCUUAAUGAUAGUCAUUCGAGCUUACCCUCUCCCUUAUUGUGCAGAAAACACAAUUAUUCACUGUUACUGUGAUCACGUUUCCAUUACAACACUGGCUUGUACAAACAGAGCACUGUAUAGUGUUCCAGCUCUCAUUUAUGCCCUUGUAGUACUGAUGGGGUCCUUUGCUAUUAUUAUUUUCUCAUACUGCUCCAUCUUUGUAGCAGUUAUGCGAAUUUCAAGCACUGGAGGAAGGAUGAAGACUUUCUCCACCUGCAGUCCUCAGCUCAUCAUAAUUGCUCUCUAUUUUCUACCCAGGUGUUUUAUUUAUUUGUUUGGCAACAUUGGUAUAAACUUCAGUACUGAUUUGCGAUUAGUCAUUGUUAUGAUGUAUAACCUACUACCACCCAUGAUCAACCCCCUCAUUUAUUGUUUGAGAACAGAAGAGGUAAAAACUGUUUUAAGAAGCCUAUUUCAAAAGAAACAAAUUGGUAUUCCUUUACAGUUGGUCUGA